AUGGACAAGGAGAAUUACGAUGCGCGUGUUCUUGAUAUGAUUGGUUCAGGCCCGUAUGAAGAGUGCAAAUUUAAAAACGGUAAACCAAAAGAUCCUCUCAAUAGUAUGAUUGAGGAAGCGAAUUGUACACGUCAAGAAGUGACCCGCUUGAUGGGAGAAGACAAUCUAAAUCGCAAGUUCCUAGUGCCAAACCCGAGAGUAGCUUCACUGUACUGUUUACCUAAAUUACACAAAAACCCACUAGCUAUGCGACCAAUUUCUUCGAAUAUUUGUACACCAACAGAAAAAAUGGCAGCUUGGCUAGUCGAAGAAAUGAAGAAAUACCCGGUUUUACAAGGUAAGAGCGUGAAAAAUUCAAUAGGACUCACGAGUCAACUAGAGAAUGUUGAAGUAAAAAGGGGAGAAAUUUUGGUGUCGUUUGAUGUCAGCUCCCUAUUCCCAAGCGUGCCAGUACCAGAUGCUUUACAAAGUCUUCGAUACCAUUUGGAGCGCAGCCGGGCACCGCACAAUCAUAUAGAGGCCUAUGUUUCUGUCGCAAAGCAAUGCAUGAAUCAAAAUUAUUUUGUAUUCAGAGGUAAAUACUACAAGCAAAUCCAUGGCCUCAGCAUGGGUAGUAAAAUAUCGCCCCUCUUGGCGGAAUUGUUUAUGAGCGACUUUGAAGAAAAGCUACAAAGUGAAAAACUUUUCCCACGCGUAUGGAAGCGAUACGUAGACGACAUUUACGCCAUAGUGAAGGAACGCUACGUGCCACAAACACUGAGUUGGCUGAACUCACAGCACGAAAAGAUCAAAUUUACGGUGGAACAGGAAGUAGAGGGAAAACUACCGUUUUUGGACCUGCUGAUUACCAGGAAAGAAGACAAUACCCUGAAGUUCAGCAUUUUUCGAAAACCAACGUCUACCGAUCGUUACAUUACUACGGACUCGAAUCACUUCGGGGCCCAAAAACAAGCAGCUUUUCAUUCUAUGGCGCACCGUCUAGUCAACAUCCCCAUGGAGCAGGAAGAUUUUGUAGCGGAAAGGGAAAGGAUUCAGAAAGCUGCUGAAUUAAACGGGUACGACAAAAAGUUUGUGGAUAAAAUAAUCCGCAAACAUCUCCGCAAAAAACAGCGCCAUGAUACCACUACACUACAGCCUGAAAGAGAAGAAGUACAAAGAAUCAGCCUACCGUUCUACCCGAAAGUAACAAACCACAUUAGAAAGGUACUUAAGCGGCAUGGUUUCCAUGUGGUCCACAAAAGCGGCAAUGCCGUACAGGAACUUUUGAAUAAUCAAAAGGACAAGGUUCCGCCCGACGAACGCUCAGGAAUUUAUGAAAUUCCGUGCCAGGAUUGCCCAGCGGUGUACAUCGGGCAAACGCGGAGGAAAUUCAAAAUUCGCCUAAAAGAACAUAGAAAGGCAGUGGAGAAUGAACGGCCCAACGACUCCAGUGUAGCCAUGCACUCAAUCUGCUCCAAACACAAUAUCAAUUGGGGAAACGCAAAGCUGCUCAAAAACGUGAGAAAGUCUUCUCAUUUGACUGCGUGGGAGUCGAUGUACAUCUGUACGGAGGACCGUCCCCUGAUGAAUGAGGAUGACGCUCUCAUCACCUCACCGCUCUUUCAACUGACGAAGUUGAAACUGUAG